UUACUUCCUGUUACCACUUCCUUUAUGCGCGUUUUCUCCAAGUAAACGGCUAACUUUAUCACAUGAAGAGAUGCGCCGUUAUGCAACAACGGGGAGAUUAUGCUUCUCUUUGUCUUUCAGUCAGUUUCAUCAAGUUUCACCGCAAGACACAGGAAUCGGUUUCAGGGUAGUACAUAAAUUAAAGAUGCCCACAAAGAAGAAAAAAACAAAGCAGAGAGUGGGGGAGGAAACCAAAGAUGUGGAUGACGAAGACGCUGAGGAUCUGCUUCUGAAGACCAAGAGGAAAAGACAGAAGGGAAGUCCGGAGAUCGGAGGAAGAAGAAAAAGCGGCAGAAGGACAGUGAGGAAGGCUCUAGCUCUGAUGUAACAUGCAACAUGACAAAAGAACAAGUUGAAGACAAAGCUAAGAAAAAGAAAAGCAAGAAAGGAUGAUCUCAGUGAUCCGUCGCAGAGCACAGAUGAUGAAGACAACAAGAGAGCGAGCAAUCUUCCAGAUGUGAUCGCGACCACUAAGAAAGCAUCAAGUCGGCCUUCCAAAGACAACAUGGGCUCCAAGGAUAAAAAAUCCAAAAAGGACUCUGAGAAAGAGGAAGAACAUGAUGAGGAGGAUGGGAAGAAGAAGAAAAAGGACACGAAGAAGAAAGGAUCCAUGAACAGCGACGAGGACAGGAAGAAGACAAAAGGCAAAAAGAAGAAGGUGGAAAAUUACGUGGAAAUCUAUGAGUGUGAGCUUCGGAAUUACCAGGCAGAAAUGGUGGAGAACUAUGAAGAUGAGUAUCACAAAAAGAAAGUAUAUGAAGUGAUGACCGUUACGGGCGAUGAGAGAGGAGCAGGCACAGAUGCAAAUGUCUUUGUCACUCUCUUUGGAGAAUUCGGUAUUACUCCCAAAGUCCAUCUGGCUAGCAACACAGAGAAAAGGAGUCGCACUGCAUUUGAGAGAGCCAAAACAGACGUGUUUAGGAUAAGAACCCACAAUGUUGGCUCCUUGAAGAAAAUACGGAUUGAGCACGACAACACGGGCCUGAACGCUAGCUGGUUCUUGGACAGGGUGGUGGUGACCGACGUGAUCAGGCCUCACCUGAGGUACUACUUUGCUUGUAAUAACUGGCUCAGUAAAUCGGAAGGGGAUCGCCUUUUCGUUCGAGAUUUACUGGGCACCGCCGACCCCAUGGACAUGCCCAAAUAUAAUAAGUACAUGGUCAGCGUAUUCACUGCAGAUAUAAAAGGUAGCGGAACAGAUGCUGAUGUCUUCAUUAAUAUCUUUGGAGAGUUUGGAGAUACAGGGGAAAGGCUACUGAAUACCGACAAAAACAACUUUGAGAAAGGCACCGAGGACAAAUUUACCAUUGAAGCACCGAAUUUGGGCAAAGUGAGGAAGAUCACUAUCGGCCAUAAUAACAAAGGCUCUUCUGCGGGAUGGUUUGUAGACAAGGUGGUCGUGGAUGAUCUGGGAAACAAACUAGCGUAUGAAUUUCCUGUCAGUCGAUGGUUUGCCAUCGAUGAGGACGACGGCAAGAUACAGAGAGAUAUUUUAGUGGGAGGAAGCCAACCCACAGGGAUCAUGUACAACGUCCAGAUUGUAACCGGAGACAUCCGAGGAGCUGGGACCAACUCCAAAAUCCACGUAGUGAUGCAUGGCAGCAAAGGCUUGAAGAAUAGCGGCAAGGUGUUUUUGGAAGGAGGCAAAUUUGAGCGUGGUCUUACCGACAUCUUCAACGUGGAGAUCGCCGCGCUUCUCAGCCCGCUCAGCAGGGUCACCAUCGGACAUGACAACGACGGGGUCAGUGCCGGCUGGUACUGUGACAAGGUGGUGGUUUACUGUCCAUUCACGGGCAUCGAGCAGACCUUCCCGUGCUCUAAAUGGCUGGACGAGAAGGAAGGAGACGGACUGAUUGAACGAGAACUCUACGAGAUGGUCUCACUCAGGCAGAGACGGCAAAAAAAGCAUCCCUGGUCCUUGUGGGUCUGGACGUCCGACCUGGCCAAUGCCGGAACCGACGCAGAUAUUUAUUUCCAGGCGUACGGAGACAAGGGCAAGUCGGAUGAGAUCAGACUAGACAACAAAACCGAUAAUUUUGAGAGAGGACAAGUGGACAGGUUUGUGGUGGAGAUGCCUGAUUUGGGAAUUUUGACCAAACUGCGUUUCUGGCAUCAGAAGAGAAAUCCUUUUGCGGGAUGGCAUCUAAGUAAGGCAACGCUAAUGAAAACACUAACAAAGGAUAAAUAUCAUUUUCCUUGUGAGCGUUGGCUGGACACGAAUGAAGACGAUAACGAAGUCGUGAGAGAGCUUCCUGCCAUGGGCCGGCAAAUUGCUGACCCACUGCCUUUGAUAAAAUACAGAGUGACCGUUUGCACUGGGACCAUCGGCGGCAGUGGUACGGACGCGUCGGUUUUUCUCAAUCUCAUCGGCGAGCACGGCGACACGGGAGAUCGAGCGCUGGUCAACUGCAAAAAUAACAUCAACAAGUUUGAGAAAGGGAAUCUGGACGAGUUCGUCAUCGAGGCCGUCGCCAUCGGUCAAAUUCGCAGGGUGAGGAUCGGGCACGACGGCAAAGGCGGAGGCUGCGGCUGGUUUCUAGAGAAAGUCGUGGUGAGAGAGGAAGGACAAGCUGAGGCGCACGCCAUGGAGUUCCCCUGCAACAGAUGGCUGGAUCGUAAUGAAGACGAUGGACAGAUCGUUCGAGAGUUAGUCCCGUUAUCGGACGGCCAGCGUCUUUACAAUGUUGCCUAUCACGUCGCGGUGAAGACUGGGAGCAUUCCUGGAGGCAGCUCGGACUCCACGGUCUAUGUCAAACUCUACGGGGACAAAGGUGACACGGGUAAAAUGAUGCUGGUGGUCUCUGACAACAACCUGAGUAACUACUUUGAGACGGGUCGCGUUGACAUCUUCACCGUAGAGACUUCAGAUAUUGGACAGAUCAACCGCCUGAUGAUAGGCCAUAACAAUGAAGGCAUGCGGGCUGGUUGGUUUUUGGACAGCGUUCAGAUCUUGGUCCCCGUGAAUGGAAAGCACUACAUGUUCCCAUGCCAUCGCUGGCUCUCCAAGGGGGAAGCCGAUGGGAAGACGGAGGUGGAGAUUUACCCCAGCGAGAUCCUGGACACGCAACAACUGAUCAACUAUGAAGUAACAUUAGUGACCGGGGAUGAGAUGUUUGCCGGCACCAACGCCAAAGUGUUUAUUCAGAUUUACGGCAGCAAAGGGAAGACAGAGGUCAUCAGGCUUGACAGCCGGUCCAACAAUUUUGAGAGGCGCUCCACAGACAUAUUCAAGAUCGAGGCCAAAGACGUGGGCAAAGUGUUCAAGAUCCGCAUCGGCCACGACGGCUCGGGUGUCGGAUCUGGCUGGUUGCUGGACACGGUGGAGGUCAAGCACCUCGCAAUGGUUAUGAUGCCCAAGGAGAAGAAGAAGGAGGAUAAGAAAAAGAAGAAAAAGAAGAAGGAUGAGGAGGAGGAAGGGGCGGAGGAAAUGCAGGAGGUGGUGGUAACGUAUCGUUUCCCCUGCUCGCGUUGGCUGGCCCGCUCAGAAGAGGAUGGUGAGCUGCAGGUGGAGCUGCUGCCUGACGGAGCUGAAGAACUGGAAGUUAACACCUACGAAGUGUGCGUCUUCACGGGUGGCGUUCUGGGAGCCGGGAGCGACGCCGACGUCUUCAUUAAUAUUUACGGCGAGAACGGAGACACCGGAGAGCGUUAUCUCAACAACUCCGACAACAUCAACAAAUUCGAACGAGGCGAGGAGGACGUGUUUAUCGUGACAGCGAUUGAUUUGGGUCCUCUGAAGAAGCUUCGGAUCCGUCAUGACAACACGCGGUCGUAUUCAUCGUGGUAUCUGGAUCGUGUGGAGAUAGUGGACACAAAGGAUGAUGUUACGUACUUCUUCCCGUGUAAUCGCUGGCUCGCCGUGGAUGAGGAUGACGGGCAGAUCGCGAGAGAGCUGGUUCCUGUGGACGAGGCCUUCAUGAAGAAGGAUGAGGAGGGAGGCGGCGCUACUCUGGGGCUCGAGCAGAAAGCUAUGUCGACUACAUACACAAUAAAAAUAAAAACUGGAGAAAAGAAGUACUCAGGAACCGACGCUAAUGUCUUUGUCUCGUUAUUUGGAGAGAAUGAUGACACGGGUAUCAUCAACCUGAAGGCGUGUAAGAACUACAAGAACAAGUUUGAGCAGGGCGCCAUCAACGAGUUCAUUGUGGAGGCUGUGGACUUGGGCGAGUUGGAAAAGCUUCGUAUUGGUCAUGACAACUCAGGAGGUUCACCCGGUUGGUUCUUAGACUGGGUGGAGAUUGACGCCCCCUCCCAGGGUCUGAGGCUGCGCUUCCCGUGCGGUCGCUGGUUGGACAGAGGAGAGGACGACGGCGCCAUAGUGAGGGAUCUUUAUCCAGCCGAGUUACAGACUGAGCUGUACGCACCGUUUGUGCCCUACGAGCUGAAGAUCUACACCAGCGACGUGUUCGGCGCGGGGACAGAUGCGGAUGUGUUCAUUGUUUUGUAUGGCCAGAAAGGAGUUUGCACUCUGCAGAAGCAUCUAUGCGUCAACAAGAGGGAGAGGCGGUUGUACUUUGAGAGGGGAUCUGAGGACAUGUUCAUAGUGGAGUUAGAAGACGUCGGCGACAUCAUCGAAAAGAUCCGAGUCGGUCACGACAACAGGGGCUCCAAUCCUGGGUGGCACCUCGACAGAGUUGAGAUCAGACGCCUGCUGAGGAAAGGAAAGGGUUCAGAGACGACCGUUUUCCCGUGUGAGCGCUGGUUGGCCAAAUCCGAGGAUGACGGGGAGACGGUGAGAGAGCUGGUCCCGUCGGACAUCAUUACAGAGAAACUGCUCAAGGGGGGCACGCUGAAGCGCACCGAAACCGAGGUGGAGGAUGCUUUGGAAACUCACCAGUACCAGGUGUCCGUGCGCACUGGUGACAUGUACAAAGCAGGAACGGAUGCCAACGUCUUCCUCACCAUCUAUGGAGACCUCGGGGACACGGGAGAGCGCAAAUUGUCCAGAUCUGACAACAACAGGAACAAGUUUGAGAGAGGAGCGGUGGAUAAAUUCACCAUUGAAGCCGUCGACCUUGGCCAAGUCUUUAAGAUCCGGAUUCGUCAUGACAACUCCAUGAUGGGGGCUGACUGGUAUCUGGAUCAGGUGGAGGUGCUGGAUGUGGACACGGAGGAGGUUUACAUGUUCUUGUGUGAGCGCUGGCUGUCAAAGAAGAAGGAGGACAAACGCUUGGAGAGGACCUUCUUUGUUAAGGGUUAUGAAGGUGAAAGAAACACUGACCCAAAUUCCAAGAAGAUGGCUCGUGCUAAAAUGGCACUGGAUCGCAAUGCAAAUAAAAAGAAGAAGAAGAAAAUGGCAGUGGUGGAAGAAUGGCCAAUCAUCCCUUAUCACUUCACUCUGUCCACCGGGCUGGAGCGAGAUGCCAGCACCACCGCCAGGGUCUACGUCAUCAUCAUCGGCCCAGGAGACCUGGAGACGGAUCGGCUGUGGCUGGAUCUGCCAGAUGGGAAGAAAUCCUUCGCAGCUGGCAGCAUGGAGCAUUUUGUGUGCUAUGGAACCGACGUGGGAGAAAUCAAGAGGGUGGAACUCGGCCACAACGGCGCCACUCCGGAGAGCUGCUGGUUGGUGGACGAGCUGGCGAUCGGCGUGCCCACCAAAGGCAUCAAGUACAGCUUCCUAUGCAAGUGCUGGCUGGCCAAAGACAGGGGGGACGGUCUCACCGUCCGACUCUUCAACGUGCUGGACGCCGGCACCAUCAGCAUCAACCGCAAAGUGAUUUAUUCCACCACAGUUGUCACGGGCGACACGCAGUACGCCGGCACGGACACCAACAUUUUCCUGACUGUGUUUGGAGCCAAUGGGACCACAGAGGAAAUUCUCCUGCCCAAGAAUGAGGACAGGUUUGAGAGAGGCCAAGAGGACACAUUCACCCUGGAAGUUGACGACAUUGCUCCUCUCAAGAAGAUACGAGUGAGGAUUGAUGGCAGCGGCAGUCGUCCAGAUUGGUUCCUCGACAGGAUCCUGUUGCGGAACCUGACCACCGAGGAGGUGUACACGUUCACCUAUGAGAACUGGCUGUCAAAGAGCAAAGGUCCCAGAAGGACUCGAGUGUGCGAGCUGGCGGCUGUGGUGGAUGAGGAGGAGAUGGUGGAGAAAAGCACUUAUGUCAUCCAAGUCCAGACCAGUGAUGUCACAGGCGCUGGCACGGACGCCAACGUGUGCCUGAUUGUGUUUGGGGAGUUUGGCGACACGGGGACGCUAGCGCUGAAGGAGAGCGCCAACAGGAAUAAGUUUGAGCGCAAAAUGAGAGACGUGUUCCGCUUCCCCGACAUGCUCAGUCUGGGCGAGCUUUCCAAAGUGCGAGUGUGGCACGACAACAAAGGUGUGGCACCCGCCUGGCACCUGGACUAUAUCGACAUUAAAGAUGAGAGUAUGGAUCAAACGUUCAGGUUCCCGUGUGACCGCUGGUUGGCUAAAAACGAAGACGACGGCCAGAUCAUCAGGGAGCUGGCGUGUGCCAGCAAUGACGCCUUGGACCUCAGCGACAAAACAAAAUAUGAAAUUGCCAUAACCACCGCAAACACUGACGACGCGUCCACCAAUGAAAACGUUUGGAUUGUUCUGGAAGGAAGGAAAGCCCGCUCCAAGGAAUUUGUUCUGGAGAAUAGAAAACACAAAUUCACACGCGGUGCCACCGACACCUUUGAGUUCUCGUCCAAGCACGUGGGCGAGAUCGCCGGCAUCUGCAUCGGACACAUCACCAAAGACGGAAAGAAGGUGAAGAGUGAAUCCUCCUGGCACGUGGCAGAGGUGGUGGUGACCGAAAAAGAGCUGGGAAACAAGUAUUUCUUCCAAUGUGACGCCCGAGUACCCCUGACAUCCAAAAAGGAUCAGUUCCAGAACUUCGAGUGCUACAAGUCAGUGGAGAGCUUUGCCAGCAAAGUAGGCAACUUGGUGCCCGUCAAGUACAAGAUCAUCGUCAUCACCGGCGACAUCAAGGACGCCGGCACCGACGCCAACGUCCACAUCACCAUCUACGGCGUCAACGGCGACUCGGGCCGACGUCUCCUGCGCAAGAAGUUCCGUAAUCUGUUUGAGCGAGGCUGCUCGGAUCGCUUUGUGAUAGAGAUGCUGGAUCUGGGGGAGCUGCUCAGAGUCAAGGUAGAGCAAGAUAACAGCGGGUCCAACCACGGAUGGUUUUUGGAGUGCGUGGAGGUGACCAACCUGGCCAACUCGGUCACUACCAUCUUUCAGUGCGCCAAGUGGCUGGACAAGGGCAAGGCCGACGGCCGGAUGGAGAGGAUCCUCUAUCCCAAGUACUAGUAUGGUCCAUAGAAAAAGUCUACACACCCUGUGUUCAAAUGGCAGGUUUCCAAAUAUUUUACAGGGGGGGGAAGUAUAACUAAAAUGAGAUAAUGUUUUUGCACAAGUGUGCACACCCUCUGGGCAUGUGACUGUUCUGUUAACCUGUCACUUAUUAAAACUAGGGUUAGGGUUUCAAAGUAAGGUCUGAAACUAGGGUUAGGAUUUCAAAGUAGGGUUUCAUACUAUGGUUAGGGUUUCAAAGUGAGGGUUCGGGUUUAAAAUUUAAUUGUAAGUUUGUGCCAAGGGGACACCCAUCAGAUCAGUAUGUUUCCUAUUAUUGACAGCAAAUAUCACAAAUGUUUAUCAUGACACUUUCAUGUAAAUAAAGUGUCACAUUUUUUGCAAAUUAAAUUCGUAUGCAAAUGAGAGAGCGCAAAGAUUUACUUCCACUAACUACAAUGUUUUUUUAAAAAAGCAUUUGAAUAUUUGUUCAAUAUUUCUGAUGUUUUAUCAGACUCUGUAUAUUUAUUAGCUUGAACAUUUUUCACAAGUUUGACCGAGAAUGUGUGUACAAAUUGUUUCCUGCCAUUUUGAGACUCUCAUUCAAGGACCGUGAAAGAAAGCAUCAGAAAAGGUGCAUUUGUCGUCAGCAUUUUAAGCGUUUUAUUUGAAAAACACAUAGAAAAAGAUCAUAUACAAGACAAUAAAUAAAAAAGAGACAGAACAGUUUGGGUUAAGCUAUGCAACUUUUUGCAUUGUCAUUAGUAAUAAAUACAGUACAAAAAUCCA